CUGCUGCGCGCUGCUAGGAGAAGAGCGGUUUUCCUUCCUGGGAAAGCGGUUUGUCUCUGCUGGGAAGUCUUGUGGCUUUGGCUUUUAAGGUGGGAGAAGCGGAAGCGGGCAAGUCUGCGCCUUCCUCAAACACAAACAUUUCUGCGGUCUGCGAGCUCUCCAACCUGGCGCAGGCUGCGGUGGCGACGCUUUUGUUUUGCAAACUCCUUCCAGCCUGUCCUUGGUUGCAGAUUUUCGGCAGAGCUGGCCAUGAUGUUCCGCUUUGUGGUCGGAGCUCUCUUCCCAGCGCUUCUCCUGGCUGCGCCGCCUCCCAUAAACAAACUCGCCCUUUUCCCGGACAAGAGCGCUUGGUGUGAGGCCAAGAACAUCACCCAGAUCGUGGGGCACAGCGGCUGCGAGUCCAAGUCCAUCCAGAACAGGGCCUGCCUGGGGCAGUGUUUCAGCUACAGUGUCCCCAACACCUUCCCUCAGUCCACAGAGUCCCUGGUUCACUGCGACUCCUGCAUGCCGGCGCAGUCCAUGUGGGAAAUUGUGACACUGGACUGCCCAGGCAACGACGAGAUCCCCAGGGUUGACAAGCUGGUGGAGAAGAUACUUCACUGCAGCUGCCAGGCUUGCGGCAAGGAGCCGAGCCACGAGGGAGCCCUGUUCAACGUCUACUUGAACGCGGAGGAGAACAUGGCCGCAGAGGGCCCCGGCCCCCACCACUAUGCCCACCACCAGCAGGAGGUAGAAGAGCCCCCCGCUUCCAGCCACCACCACCACGAGGAGGAGGGCGACGAGUGACCCGGCCCUCGCGGACUGUCCUUGCAACGCGGGCAGGCAGUGUGUGCGAGGGAGAGGGCCGGGCCUUGGGAAGGGAGGGGGGUGGUAGAGGCUUUCCUGUCUAAUAGCUACCCUCACGCUUUGCUCUCCACGACACCCUGGGGCUGGAGGAGCGGUUUGAGGCACGGGCAGGACGUGGGGCUGGAGCAGCGGGGCCACAGGAGGGCUGGGGGUUUCUGAUGCAAAACUACUUGCACAUCAUAGUAAUAAUAUAUUGAGAGGAGCGGGGACGUGGGCAGAGGGGGCUUUGGCAGAGAGUGGGAGCCGAGCCGGGCUCCCCAGGGCUGUCUGCAGGAUCCUCAGCCUGCUGUGGAGCCCUCGAUGAGCCCUCUGGGCUUUUCUUCUGUACGUGGCUCUUGCCUGGUCUGGAGGAAGAAGGGCGCGGCUUCCCUGCAGCCACACAAGGGAUGCACAUCUCUUCUGUGGGAUGGGGGUCUCCCUUCUUCCUCGUGCUUCCCCUGACUGCCUUGGGGUGCCUGGGCUCGGCAUGGGCGCGCUGUUCCUCCUGGCGCUCGCUGGGUCCUACUUCAACCCCCGUGCCUUUGUGUGAGGUAACUCACAGGGAGCAUUUUGCCCUGGCUGUGCCUCUGUGGCUGUGUGUGAGGUUGCUGGGAGCCGUGGUGGCCAGAGCCCUUUCCUUGCUGGUCCUCAGGGCCACCACAUAGCUCGCAAGGGUGAGGGAGCUGCACUGUGCCGCGGGCACUGCGGCUUCACAUUUCACAGCCUGUGCUGGGGUGGUGUUGGUGGGAGCUGGCCCCUCUCCCCUCCUUCCCUGCUGCACUUUAAUUGUGGUGGAGGGAGAAGGGGGACAAGUCCCGGGAUGCUGAUGGACCUUUGUAGGGACUGCUCUGGACCCCACUGCAGAUGCGGGGCUGGGCUCAGCGUGGGGGCCCCUCCUGCUACCCCUCUCUCUGUUGUAUAAAGCUAAUUUCUUUGGCACUGUCCUGACAAAAGCUUCCAGAGCUUGUAACCGACGCCUCCCUCUCCUUUGUACAAGUUUUGGUUUGUGUUCUUUGUUGGUUUUUGGUUUUGUUUUCUUAAAUAAAUUAGUUCUGACUUCCA